AUGCUCGAGAACCCUCCGCAGCUCAGUCAGCAAAGCGCCCGCCCCGUGCAGACCGACCGACGGCUGACCUUGCAGGCGGUCCCUCAAGAUCUUCACUUACACAUCCACACCCACAGUGACUCCUCUAGCAAAACCCCCAUCAUCACCCCCAAGUGGCCCAGGAGUGCAUCCAUCAAUGAAAUCCGAAGUCGCUCCCCAGCCCCACCCCCACAGGACCCUCCAUUCCUGACCACUGCAGGCUCUUCCUCACUCGGCCCCAAGCCCCAGCCAAGCCAGCACUCCAGUCCGCUGGCCGCUGAUGAGGCACAGCACGAGAGUCUGGAGGACGGCCCGGAGCGCAGCCUCUGGAGGCUCCCGCGCCCCCACCCCGGCCAACCCCUCCAGUCUAGGCCUCCGUCCACAGCCCCUCCCAACAAGGCACCCCAGAGGCCUCCCCCACCACUUAACGCCCUCCGCCGGCCCCGGCCCCGGCCCCGGCCCACACGGACUUAUCGCACACACACCCGUUUUGGGCCCCCGGUGCCCCCUGCUCCUGACCUCCCCCGGUGUCCUGAUCGCGGCGCCCGCAGACGGCCCCCCACACCCGCCCAGUCCCUAGCACCCCCAGCCCCCCAAACGCUGUCCCCAGACCGCGCCGCCCCCACGGCCCGCCCCGCCCAGCAGGGACCUGCGCCUGCGCCGCGGGACCGUGCCCCCACCUACUCCCGGUCCUCCUCGCACCCGGCUCCGGAGCCAGUGGGCGCGUGCUCCGGGGUCAGCGCGGGGCCCGCACGGACACCGAGGCCGCAGCAGCCGCGCAGCCUCGCCGCCCCGCCCCCGCCGCACACACCCUUCGGCUCGGGCCCACAGCGGCGGGACUCACGCGGCCGACGGCGGAAGGGCGAGCGCGGAACUCCAUUUCCCAGAGUGCGGCUCGCCCCGAACUACAUCUCCCAGAGGGCUCUGCGGCGGGCCUCUUCGGACGGCGGGUCGGCGGUUUCCGGUUGUCGGGCUCUCCGGGGCUUCCUGCGUCGGGGCCCCCCGGGCCUGUGGGCUGCGCCGCCCGGAGCGUGCGCGCGGGCGAGUACGCCGCUGCCCGGGCCGCCGCGUCCCGCCCCGCGGGCUCCUGGCGCGGCCGCCGUGGUCCCCGACGGACGGCGCGGGCUCCUGCAGCGGCCGGUGGUGUGGAAGGCCCCGUCGUGGCAGACCCGGGAACCCGCCGGCCGCAGGAUCCGCGGCAGACGCCCGGCAGCGCGAGGGGGCCGGCGGCUUCCCCAGCCCCGCCGCGCGAGGUCGCCGGGGCCGCGGGCCCGCUCCGGGUCCGGGUCGACGGCUGGUAGACGCUGCCGCUUGGAAAACACGCUGCGCCGCGGCCUGCUUAUCCCGAAUGUUGUCCUUCGGGGCUCCGUUGGGGACGAGUCCGCCUGGACGCGCCUCCAGCCACCGGGGGUCCGGAGCCGCCGGCUGCAGCCUCCAGCCGCCUGCAGCUUCAAGCCGCCUAAGGCCCCGCCUCCCGUGGCCCCGAGCCACCUGCAGCCUUCAGCCGCGUGCAGCUUCCAGCAGCCCCGAGCUGCCCAGACACCAGCGGUCCAGCUGUCAGCGGUCCCUCGACAUCUGCGGCCCUGA